AUGAGCAUUUUAUGGCCAGAAAAAAUAUUUCAUGAAAAAGUCUUGUUGUAUGUAAAAGAUGCUGCUCCGUACAUGGUUAAAUCUGGCGAAGCUCUUAAAGUAUUUUACCCUAAAUUAAUUCAUGUAACGUGCAUGGCUCAUGGACUACACAGAAUAUUUUUAAAAGCACCUUCACGUGUAAAUACUUUCAAAGAAAUGUAUCCCAAUUUGAGUUUACCUCCACAACCAAUUUUAACUCGUUGGGGUACAUGGCUUGAAGCAGCAAUUUAUUAUGGGACAUAUUUCAAUGAGGUAAAAUGUGUUAUUAACGCUUUAAACCAAAAUGAAGCGAAGUGUAUUGAAAACGCACAAAAUAUUAAAAUUAAAUUCGAAGAUGGAGGGCCAGGAAUAGAUUAUGCUAAAUCUAAAUUUACAAAUGUGUUGUCAAAAAAUCGUGGAUAUUCUACAUUGAAAAAAAUCGAUGGUAUAAUCAACGGCGAGGUACUGAAUGUGAUGAAGGCGAGGAACUGUCAGUUGAAGAUUUAUCGAGUUUUAAAUAUGCACCAAUUAUUUUUAUUGCAUAUAAAUCCGGGCCCUAAUGAUGAUGAUUGUCCAACUUUAAAUACUUCAUUAGACUUGUUUCGCUCUUCAGAUCAUUCCCAAUCAUUUAUUACUAAGCCUAUAUCAAGUAGUACUCAAAAAAGAACUAAAUCAACUAAAACAGAUAAGUACAAGAAUAAGCAACUAUCGAUGACUUCUAUUGACAUUUCUGAAAACAUAGAUCAACAUAAUAUUAGAUAUAAAUCUAAUGUAAGCAUGCCUACUGAACUACUGGUGAAUUCUAGUAAAAUUGUUCUAGAAGAAAAUAAUUCAAACUAUGGCGUGGAUAAAUUAAAGGAACAAAAUGCUCAACAAAAUUCAAUGAAUACUGCUAAUAUUAAUAUCUCAGAAUUUGCUGAUCAGGUUUUUUCCAAAAUGGAUUAUUUUUACAAAAGGAUGUACAACUUUAUGGCUUUUAGCAAUACAGAAUUUCAAAAUUUAGCUCAUGGACAAGAAGAAAUAAAAAAAUUAUUCAACACUGCCAAUAUAAUUACUACUGAGCAUUCAGAUGAUUUUGAACCCUAUUGUUGGCCUAUUUCUUCAUUUGAAGAGCUUGAGGAGAUUGAGAAUAAGCUUUGUGACAGAGAAUUUAAAAACAAACUUAUUUUACAGCUGGGUAGAAUUGGAGGAAAAACUGCAAAAGAAGAUAAAAAAAUCAUGGCAACCAUAUUUUCAGAUGCUAUUCUAAAUCAAUACUCAUAUACUGGUUUCAAAGGAAAAAAACCAUUUAAUAAUCUUAUGGUGAACAGAGUUAUAUUUGAAAUAGUCAGAAAAGACAAACGCUUCUUCAAUAUAACUGAUAAUGAAAUUAAACAAUAUUUAAAGCAAUGGAUUUCUCAAUCUCCUUUCCGCGGAGAAUACGCUAAAAACAGAAAACUAAAGAAUAGAUCAACAUGUGAUAUAAAUAACACAAAUGAAUCUAUGGCUUAA